AUGUACCAAGAUUCUCCCGAUAUCCGUGCGAACGAUAGUGGUUCGCGUCUCUUGUCGCUGGAAUCUCCGACUUUCCCCUCCGAUACAUCAUCUUCGCAAACUGGUCCUGGUGGUGAUGACUUUUCUUUGUCGGAACUUUCUUUAGCCAACCAAACUGCAAUCAUGAGCAAGCCUUUCAGCCUUCUUGCCAAGUUCGAGUCAGAUGUGUCGACACCGACUCGGAGCGGCACGUACGCCACCGGCGAUGGUGGUGAUGUCGAUGCCCACAACGGUGAAGGAGACGUGUCAAUCGAAGUAUUGAACGAGGAAGCGCGUUUACAGGCAAGCCGACUUCGAGAAGAGAAGCUGCAGAGCGAUGUAUUCAUUCUGAAAAAGUUGAAUGCGUCCUUUGAACUCUUCAAUGAUGCACUUCAGGAAACGGGCUCUGCAAAUGAGCGAGUGGUUGCUCAGUUGGAACAGACAGACGCGCUUCUCAACAAAUACAUCAACAUUCUCUCCCUGUCCGAAGACUUUUCGCGUCUUAUAUUCGAUGAAAGGUGGCAAGGAGCAGAAGCUGAUGAGACGGCCUUUGAGCAAGAGCAGCUGGUUGCGAAGGAAGCCGCCCGUAGAGAAGCUGAAGAUAGAGCUCUUCGUGAGCAACAGGAGAAAAUCAGACUGGAGAAAGAGAAAGAAGAACGUCUUCGGAGAGAAGAAAAGGAACGCCUCGAACGCGAGAAAAGCGAACGCGCAAUCCGUGGCAGUAUACGUGGUGUACGGGGCACGCGAGCCUCAACACGUGGGGUCCGAGGUGCUGCACCUCCUCGUGGUAGGGACAACUGUGCCUAUACCUACCAGCCAAAUCUGACGAAUUUACUGCAGGGGCUACGGAGACAGCUGGUAGCUCUUCGCGGAGCAUUCCUCGACGCCCUCCUUCAGGCCUAG